AGGUACUGCGUGGAGGGGACGCUCGCUAAGCACAUCAUGACGGAGCCCGAUGAGAUCUGCACGAUGUCGGGUCAGAAGCUUCCUCUCAAGAUGUCCGUCGACUACAUCUCCUUCUCCGCUCACACAGACUACCAGCAGACCAGCGAGUUCAUCAGAGCACUGAAGCCCCCCCAUGUGAUCCUGGUCCACGGCGAGCAGAACGAGAUGGCCCGUCUGAAGGCGGCGCUGAUCCGAGAGUACGAGGACAACGACGAGGUGGACAUCGAGGUCCACAACCCGAGGAACACGGAGGCCGUCACGCUCAACUUCAGAGGAGAGAAGAUAGCAAAGGUGAUGGGCCUCCUGACGGACAGACAGUGUGUUCAGGUCAGAGGGUCUCUGAUCCUCGUUAAGAGGAACUUCAAUUAUUCACAUCGUCCACGCCCGCCGACCCUCUCCAACUACACAGACCUGUGUAUGAGCACAGUGACUCAGACGCAGGCCAUCCCGUACAGCGGACCCAUCUCCCUGCUGGUCAGCCAGCUGCGCUGCCUCGCAGGAGACGUGGAGCAGCUGGAGGCGGAGAGGGUCACCGUCAGAGUGUUUAAGAGCAUCACGCUGGUGGCCCGAGGCCGCAUGGUGCUGCUAGAGUGGAUCGAACCUCUGAACGACAUGUACGCCGACGCCGUCACUACGGUGGUCCUGGAGGUCCAAUCCAACCCCAACGCACAGAAAUUCAUGGAGGGGAAGAAGGAGGCGUUCGACAUGGAUCUGUUUGUGGAGCGGCUGGAGCUCAUGCUGCACGACAUGUUUGGAGACGACUGUGUGAACUUCAGAGAGGGGAAGGAUCUGAGCGUGACGGUGGACGGCGUCACGGCGACCAUCGACCCGGAGACCAGAGCGGUGUGUUCGGAGGACGAGACCCUGAGGGAGAUGCUGGAG